GUAUAUCAUAUAUUCAAUUUAAUAUACGUUCUCUGGUAUUUACUUUAUUUCCUAAUUAUUCCACACCACCACAUUCUUGGCAAUAGUUGGCAACACUUUUGUAUUCAAUUCCAUCAAAGGAGAAUUUCAGUUGAUUGGAAAUUGUUGUGUUGUUUUGAAGUGUUAUAUCUGCGGCGGUCAGAUUAAUGAAAUUAGAAAAAUCUCAAAUAGUUAUAAAAAGAAUUAAAAUUUAUUGUUGCCACAAAGAAGCGAUGGAAAGAGUAUAAAUGCAAGACGUAGUGGCUAAAAAUAAAAGUGAAGUGUAGUGCAUAAUCAAUUGAAAAGAAUGAAAAUAAAUAUGAAAGUUCCGCGACAUUGAUCUGGGAAAGGAAGCUGUGAAGUAAAAGGAAAUAAUUCUAAUGGAAUAAAAUUUCGGAAAAGAUAAGAAUAUAAUAAGUGGUACAUAGCACUAUAGAAGGCAGCUAAAAUUGUUGUUGUGUUUAAUAAAAAAUAAAUAUAUAUAUAUUUGUAUAACUGCUUAAAAGCUGUAAGAGUUCUCACCAGCGCUUGUCGGGAAUGGGCAGAUGUCAUUAAACUGCAAAAAAGUGAAUAUAAUAGAUAAAUAAAGGAAAGAAGACCUACAGAAACGCUGAAAGGCAAGCAAAGUGAAGUUUUUUUUGUCUGCAACACUUCAACUUGCCUUUCAUUUCACCAAAGUGCCCUCAAACGGCACAGAUUUCUAUUUGCGCGUAAGCUAUUUGUCGGAAAUCAGCGCACAAAUUAAGAUAUCCAAGAACAUUAGACAACGUAGAAUUGCAAAAAUACAUAAUAAAUGCUGAGUGUGCACAACAAAGCCAGUUAUACAAGAAAAGAAAAACAAAAGUGAGCGGAUAUAAAUUAUUCCAGUCAUUCAAGCAGCCGAACGAUCUAACAACGAUUACACUGUACGAAGCAACUGUCAAUAAAAGUCAUACAUCAACAACUAUUUGAACAGCAACGGUAAUAAUUUCGCGUGUUACAAGCCGUCAACUGCGCAGCAACUGCUUCAACGACGCAAAGCCUAGAGUAGCAGCAGCAGCAACAACAUGAAUAAAGCCGGCAAACAUAUACAGAGUGGUAUCGGUGUGAACACGUCACCCACCGCUGUCAACUCAGUCGGCGCAUUAUCCACACAAAAGAACGUCAUCAAUUCCAUAAUGAGUUUUUUACCCGACAAUCGACCCAUUACGUCGUUGCAAAUUGUUGAGGACUACGAGAAAUGCCCCAAGAAUUUCACACCCAUACAUCGUACUUAUGAUCAAGAUGCCGAUGCGGAUUUAUGGCGUGAAAAUAUACUCUUCGUUCGACACACGAAUACGCGCUAUUUAUGCUUAUCAAAGACUGAGGGCUUGCCAGAGUAUGUGGUGGAGACGCUCAAAGUGAUUCCUGAGAAGACACAACCACCCAAAGAGUUCUCGCUGCUUUCACGUACCGCCGAUACGGAACAGAAGGCGUGGCGUAAACGUCAAAUUGCCUACAAACUCACCAAACGCGGCAAUGUCACACAAGCAGUCACCGACAUAAUACUUUGUUCCAAAUUGAAAGUGGCACCGGAGGGUUUCAAGUUAGCUGGCGACAUAAAUGGUGUAUUGAUUUGUUACAAAACCAGCGCUAUACCGAUACGUUCGCCGCCACCCGUACCGCAGAUACCGAACGGUGGCAGUAUCGGUAAUGGCAGCAGUGAGGUGGAGAAAGCUUUGAAUCGUUUGAAUUUGAGUGGUGGUGCGGGUAAUUGGAGUGGCCCACCCAAUCAGCCGCUACCGCCUGUGCCUAGCGACCAUGACUACGAAGAAAUACAGACUUCAUAUCAAAUCAAAUCACCACAACGACCUGCACCGCGCCCACCAAACACAGCAAAUUGCGCCACGAACACAUCGGGACAUAGUGUCGGCACUUUGGGCGCCUACUCGGAAGUUGAGGGUGUGCCAUUUAUAAUAAAUCCAAUGCUAAAGCGUAUGACAGAUAGUGAAUUACCAACACUGCCACAAAUUGCGGACGUGCUUAAAGGACUCGAAUAUGAUUUUCAAUUAGAGCGACAAAUACUUUGCACUAUGAAAUCGUCAGCAUCGAAAAAUCCAUUCUUUAAAUGAACAACAGAAAACUAAUAUAUUGUUGAAAUUAACAAGAAUUUCAAACUAGUUGUUAUAAACAAUGUUAAGAAUUGACUAAAGAAUUUGAAACAGAUUUUGCGCGGAAAAAUUAUUGCAUGGAAAACCAAAAAAAAAAAAAAUUAAAUUAAAUAAUAAAAAAUGAAACUUAUGCUCGAAUGCACACCAGCGUUUACAUGACUGUAGCGUGUUUAAGAAAAAGCGUUAAAAAUCACAGUGAACCAAACUGCUUUUAAACUUUAUUAAAUUAUAUUCUAAAUUUUUUGUGUUCUAACAUUUUUCUAGUUAUAAAUUAUACAUUAUUUUCUAUUGAAAACUUUAUGUGCCACUCUACUAUAUAUGUCCAUAAUUAUUUUCUUUAUUAAUAAACAAUUUUUCUUAAAAGAUAUAAAUUAUAUAAAAAUACGUUACAUGUAAUUUAUCGUUUCUCUAUAUGUACUUGUGCCUUCCAGCAGUGUCCAAACAAACUAUUUUCCAUCCUAGUAAUCGUUCACCUCCUAACUAUGCACCCUGCAUAGUUUAUUAUGAUUUAUACUUUCAUUUCAUUAAAAUUUAAAUUAAUUUAGUUAUAAUUAAACAGCCUUCUUCGCUGUAACCACUUUAAUGUACACCAAUUAUUGUGAUCAAUUUUUGUCAUAACAAAAUAAAAAGUUUAUAAAUAAUA